GGGGGCGUGUCCUCUUGCUACCGGAAGAGAAAUGUAAACAGAAAACAGCGCUCGAAUUGUCGACUUGUUUGUUGAAGAACCUUUUGAAAGUUUGUUUGCGUAGUUAUUCCUUUCACAGAUAAGCUAAUGCCAGUUUAUUUUGGAGGAAUACUUUUUUUUAUGCCGAAGACUUUUCAAAAAUCGAGCUAGCCACUGAGCUAACGAAAGCAUCAUACGCAGUAGUGGGCCGCUGUUUUGCUAGCAAGCGCCGAUGCCUCAAGAAGGGGAGCGGCCUCUUCCCCUCAUUCGGUCUUUAAACUGUCGCGUCCCCGUCAGCGCUGUGUUCUGUAACCGCACGCCGUAUGUCGUGAGGCCGCUAUGGAUCGACUACAGCGGAGUUCCUCAGGCAUACGAGGAUCUGAAGCCUGGAUCCGGGCGACGAAUGACCACCUACGUAGGUCAUCCCUGGUUGUUCAGAGAUGCAGUAACAGAUGAGCCUUUAAAGGUGAACGGAAAAGAGUUCUUUCUUCCUAAACCAGCAGAGAAUGGAGAUGUGUCUGUUAUCAUCACUUUACCAGUCGACAGCCUCAAGGAUCGAGCUCUUCACGUCAUCCGAUGUCUGGUACAGCCAGAGGACUACAGGAAGCUGGAAAUAGCUCGCUGUCUCCACGAGGAGCUGGAAGAUCAGCCGAACGUGUUGAAAGACCUCCAGCACAUUAACAGGCUUGUCGAGCGACGUAUGCAAGAGAGAAACCAAGACCAGGAUGUGUAGGAAACCAGAGGGAUGUUGCCAACAUGCUCACAGCAAUACUGAACUGCACCACCAAAGACUGCAAAGACAUAACAAUGCUGUAAAAUAAGACAAAUUCCUGAGGUUCUUUGCAGAUAAAUAUAAAGAAUAUUGCACAAAAAAACAAACAAAAAAGAUUUACUUACAUCUUCUGUUGUCCACUUUCCUUUUUUCUAUUUUUCAAUAGUUUGAGAAAACAAAUGGAACAUUUUUAGAGCAUGAAGAGACUUGUUCUAUUUUAUCUUUUUUUUUUUUAAAGUUUGCUUUUCCGUAUAAGAUUUUCAACUAACAAGACAUAGAAAGGAAACCCUCAGUCUGAAAAGUAUAGUAAUGUUAAUGUUUCGUUCUAACUGCUGCUUUUGCUUUUUGUGUUUAUCAGCGACUGAACCUCUUACUGCUUUGUCUAAAAACAGCUGUGAUGAGCAACACAAUGAACUAUAGUUAAAAGGUUUUUUUUAAAGUUGCGAGCAUUUGUAACUCCAUGUGCUUAGCUCCCCGGUUCUCAGAAUAAAAAAACAAAAAUCAUAGAAAGUCCAAACCAAAACACUAUAGCAUUGUGUACUAUGUUUUUACAAAACGCCAAAAGGAAGGAAUGUUAGUGAAGACAUAAUGUAUCUUACACUGUUUGUGGAGACUUGGAUCAACUGCUGACAAAACUGUUAUUAUUUCAUGUUUUCUUUUUAAUUAAAGUUAUAGUUUUACCAAUAAAUUUGGUUUUUAAAGUAAAA